AUGAAGAACCACAGCAGAUACACCGUCGUACCGCCAACCAUCAUUAAUUUUGUGAAUGAUGACCACAACAAUACGGAUUCGUUUGUCAUUGAAUAUUCGAUUCAUAAAUGUCCCAAUUUAUUGAAAUCCGAUAUGAAGAAUAUAUUUCCAAAGAUGAAACAACAUUUUGACAAGUACCAAUUGUACAUUAUUCCGACAUUUCAGCCAGUUUCAUGCUCCUUGUUUGUGUUCGAUGAGAAGAGCGAGAAGGAGAAGGAUGAAAAAUUGAAACGGUUCUUGCGAUUUAGUGAAAAACUCAAAAGAUUUAUCGAACAGCAAACAAAUUCAAAAGAUUUAAUGUGGUGUGAUUAUACGGAUCCUGUGACAGGAUAUCCUGUACUUUCAGAAAGAGGAGGAAUGCUGUACAGUGAUGUGGAUGGAUGUGAAUUCUUGUUAAAGAGCUAUACUUUUAUCCUGCAACCUUUUUUACCACCUGUCCUCCUGAGAAGCUAG